AUGCGUAUCAUAUCGAUCAAUACUAUUUUAUGUUUAUUAAUUGUUUUAAUUGGUAUUGCUGUUUCAUCGAGUUCAUCAAUCGAUAGCGAUGAUUAUCCAGCUGCUACUGAUUGGGGUUAUUUUGAUACAUAUUAUCCAGCACAUCUUCUUAAAGCACGUGCAGCUAAAUCCCGAUUUUGGAAACGUGCACCACAUCGUAAAUUUUGGAAACGAUCUUUACAUGAAUCAACAAUGAACAAUAACGAUAUGGCUGAUUCAGCAUACCGUCAAUUUCAGCAACAAGAAAAGCACUAG